UUGCAAGUUGAUCAAAACGUUUCAAUCGGUUAAGUUCAACAGGCGCUCUAGCUUCUAGGAAAUGAUUGUUAAAUUUGAACUGCUCGUUUGGAGUUUGGCUGCUCUACUUGUGACAUGCGUUUGGCGAUCUUUUGGUUUCGGCACCGAACGAUUUAAGCGGGUUUCAUUCGGACAAGCUGCCAACAUAUCCAACCAUCCAUACAUAGUUUCUCUACAUAUAGGUCUAUAUCGUUGUGGUGGCUCAAUAUUGAAUGAACGAUGGAUUUUAACGGCUGCCCACUGCAUGAGCGUCGCUCAGGGUCCCUCAGGAGUGAUUGUUCGAGCCGGUUCCAGUCAUUUUUAUAGCGGCGGAACAGUGGCUACGGUGCAGCAAAUUCAUCUACAUCCUCAGCAAGACGGGAUUAAAAAUUUCGACUUUGCCCUGUUGGAACUAACGGAACCGUUACCGAUGAGUGACACCAUUCAGGCCAUACCGUUGCCAGCGAAAGAUGCGUUCUAUGAGGAUGGCAAAAUAUGUGAUAUCGCGGGUUGGGGAAGGGAAGAAAAUGAGCAACUGCCUGUUUACCUAAGAGCCGCGACUAUUCCAUUAGACAAUCAGCAAUGGUGCUUUAAUACAUUCAGUUAUGCUAUGCCAGUUACUGAUAACAUGAUUUGUGCUGGUGUGGAUCAAAGUAGGACGGACACAUGUCCGGGAGAUUCCGGUGGACCACUGGUUUGCGAUGGAACGAUAGUUGGAGUAGUAUCCUGGGGGGUAGGAUGUGGUCUAAGCGGCUGGCCAAGUGUUUACGCCAGGGUUUCCACUGUGCUGGAUUGGAUUUACGAAACUGCUUCCACACUUUAGGACGUUAGUUGGAAGCAGUGUAACGAAAACUUGAUUUGAAGGUAACUUGGAUUUAGGUUGAAAAUAAAUGUAAAUGUAAGUUCUUCGCAACUUAGACGCUAGGGAUAGUUAAAUUGUUCUUUGUUGAAUGCAAGUUUUCUUCGCAUCACCUGAAAAGUCGGUCAAAACAGAGGUUGUACCCUAAUAAAGUACAAGGUUCCGAAAAAA